AUGCAUUUGAAGCAGAGUAUACUGAAAAUACUGCUCGAUAUUAAUAUCGUUAUCAGUAUUGUAUCAAAUACUUUACCGAUACCAAGUCAUCAUUUUAUAAUCUUGUUUCAUAAUGCCUUUAAAAAAAAAAUUAAAACUGUUUUUAAAUUUACGGUCAUACAGGCCCUAGCGAACAAUGGUGUCAGUUUGGCUGGGAAGGAUGUGCGUGGUUCCACUCCGCUUCACCUGGCGUCGGCUCACGGGAAUUCCUUCACUCUACAUACCAUUCUACGGACGGGAGUCAAUGUGAACGAGGUGGACAGGAAUGGCUGGACCCCGGUCCAUAGUGCGGCCUACCAUGGCCGACUCGGCUGUCUACAGAUGCUCAACAAGUGGGGUGGCCACCUCGAUGACGUCGACAACAACGGAAACACACCAGCUCACUUGGCUGCUAUGGAGGGUCAGCUGCCUUGUUUGAAGUACCUUGUGACAACCUCAGGCAGUCCCAAUCACACUCUCGGUGCCCGCAGCGAUCAUGGGGAAACUCCGAAAGAUCUCGCCCAGCAGUUUUACAAAGAGACAAUACUGGAGUACAUCAACAACAUUGAGUGGGAGAGAGAUCACCCAGAAGAAGCAGAAAAUCUUGCCUUCCCGGCUCACGUGGCUUCAUACAACGGUGACCUCGACCACCUGCGCAUGUUGGUGGAGAACGGGGUCGUGAAUAUCAACGAGAGAGACGACAAGGGUUCCACACCAGCACACAAAGCGGCCGGUCAAGGUCACAUUCACAUUCUGCAGUGGUUGGUUGAGAUGGGUGCCGACCUCGACAUCCUGAACCAGGCCGGGGAGUCGCCACGAGACAUCGCUCGCCGCUUUUCUCAACUCGCCUGCGUCAAGCUGCUCGGUGGUGAUCCAGAACAGGACACAGAGAUGGUUGAUGAUGAACUUGACGAGACUGACGAAGAUGAGGUCGAUUUCGAGAGGUCGGGUCAGGCUGGCAGGCGGAGUGGCUCACAGUCCAGGAAACAACAACAAAGUGCCAAGGGCCGGGCUAAGAAGAGGAUGAAUGAACUGGAGCGACUGUUGGAAAUCGCGAAACGAAAUUACACGCAGCUUGGAGGACGGCUAACGGAGGACCGGAAACGAAUCAAAGACACGAGAGACAAAGACCAUACAAUCCGUGAACUUGAGGCACAGCUGGAUUACGAGAAACUGCGGAGAGAGAAACUUGAGGCUCAGCUUGAUGAGUAUGGACGGGAAUUGGCGUAUCUCAACUCACAGCUGGAAAACAUUGCAGUCGCGAGUGAUGAAGACUACAACACGCGAUCGGGUCGCGCCAAGAGACGGACGGGCUCGUCUAAGAAGAAGAGCCAUGACGAUGGGGGGGUGUUCGUAAGACGUAACUACGCCCCAGGAAAGAAACCUCAAAGCGGACGUUUUAGAGUUGUCUGAAAUAUUCCCUGUCAACGAAAAAACAAAACAUUUUUACCUAGGACACCAUUAGGGCAGUGCAUAUAUUUUUUUUUUUUUUUUUUUACUUAGCAAUAGUUGCUAGGAAUUCAUCAAGAUGUUCUGUGCGUCCGAAGGCCCCUAUCCCACAAGAAAGUGACACUGAAAAUUCCUAAGUGCUAUGCUAAAAAUUUGCAGUACAUAUAUUUAAUGUAUGUCUGUUGUAAUGAAUUAAUUUAACAGUUGUAAACUGCAUCAUUUAAUAAUUCUGUGGGCUGAACAAAAUAUCGCAAAUAUGAUUUACUGGCACUAAUUUUCUCAUAAUGUUGUAAUCAUAUUUGUCCUGAAUAUAGGGCCUCGAUCCAUGGGUCCAAAAUAUGAGUACACAAGGGUCAAACUCGACCCGGACCCGAGUACCUGACACUUACAGUAGAUGAUAAUGAGACUAUAUAUACUAAACUAAGGAAUAAAAUAAACUAGAAUUAUGCAUCAGAAUUCCAGCACUGAAAAUGGAUGUGAAAUCAUACCAUUGUAUUGUAUUCCACACAUACAACUUUAGUUUUCUCUCCGUCUCAUAUCCCUAUAAUGUAACCGCAGGCAAGCAUAUGGCAAUAUUAAGGGCAGUGUUUUUUAAAAUUUUGAAAUUUUGAAAAUUUUGAAAAAUUUAUUUUAAAGUAAACGAGGGUGGUCUUUCUUGCAUGAGUACUCGAGUCCUGUGAACGGACUUGAGUCUUGCUAGCCUCGGCCCGUGCCCGAGUACUUGUGGAGACCCUAGUCCUAAAACCACUGUUUAUAUUCGACAAUUCUUGUGAUGGAUUAAAGCAAUGUGAUAAACCACUACUGGUACGUUAUCACUUGUUAUGUAACCUGCCUGACUCAAGAUAUUCAAUGGUAUAUUCACUAUGUUAACCGUAAAAAAUAUAUGACAUGCAUGUCAUUGAAUAUCUUGUCCAAGCAAAUAAUAAUGCCAUUGGAAAUAAAGUCUUGUCUUGUGGUAAAUGUAAAAUAAAUUUACUUAUUUGUUAAAGAAUUGCGAGUUUAAAAACUAUUUUUAAAUGUAACAUAAUUAAUAUAACAUCUUAUGAAAAAUAAUUGGUUAUGUUGUACUGCAAAAAGCAUUCUUGUUUUGUUUAGCUUGUUAGUAUCGAACAUUAGGAAUAAAGGUGAUUAAUAGACUGUUUUUGUGUUGCAGGAGGACAAAUUAAUACUUAUAUAUACAGUGCAACCUCUCAAGACCGGACACUGUAAACCGGAAUUACCUCAAAACCAGACGCUUUACAGAGUCCCUUUUUAAAAACCAGGACAGAACUCAUUAAACCGGAUCUCUUUUAAAACCGCAGAUUUGUCUUGGUCCCAAGGGUUUCUGGUUUAGAGUGGUUUCACUGUAGUUUAGUGAAAGGUUAAUGACCUAUAUUAUCGGCUUUAUCCUGUUCAGGCUGAGUAAGUAAUUCUGCUUGGUUUAGUUUCGCAUUCUUACCUCGUUAACCAGUUAUUCUCUAUAUAUUGGUAUAGUGAAACCUCUGAAAACUGGACCAUCAGUACGGUAGAUCGAAAUGUUAUGAAAAAAGUUUAUGAUUUACAUUCCCUUUAAAAUAUCAGUAUAGAAUAGAAGCUUGCUAAACCAGAUACCCUUUAAAAAGUGAAAAUGUUACUUGGUACCAUGGAUGUUUGGUUUAAAAGGGUUUGGUUGUAUAUUAUGUAUUCAGUAAGUUUUGCUGUCUAUUGACUGAACUUUGAUAUCUACAGGUUUUAAAUUUGUAUAUUAUAUGUACCGUACCUAUAUUUGACUAAAUUCUAAUUUAGUUAUUUCUUUGUAUUCUAUAAAUGUUUGUAUUUUUUUUUUGUAUAACUAUAAUCUGUGAUAUUUAGUGAAUCACUUCUUUAAAAAAAUUUAAAUUUUAAAAUGUAUUUAUUUAUUGUUAAAAGGUACACGUAGAUGAUUGUAUAUGAUAUUUAGUCAUAUUUGUUUUGUCCAUCAAAAUAAAAUGAGGACGCUCUUCGGGUCACCAAGAGGUUACCACAUUUCAAGAAAGGGCAGUUUGUUCAGGGGCAGGCUGCCCGGAUUUUUUAAAAUAAAGAUGCUCAGAGACUCCUUUGAGAACAAUUUA